AUGCUCUCCCUCGAUUUCAAGAGUGCCUUCAACUACACCGACCGAGCACGGCUGCACGAGAUUGUGGCCGACAAGGUCCCUGGCCUCUUGCGCGCCUUUGAACGACACUAUGCUCGACCCACUACCCACUGCAUUGUCGACAAGUUCUUCAAGGUGAUUGACAUUGAUGUUGGCCAAGGCAUUGUGCAGGGCAACGAGCUAUCGCCCUUCUUCUUUGCCCUGUACUCCUGUGAGGUCCUGGGUCUCCUCGACGCUACCACUGACUACCGCUGCAAGGUCAUCAAAUACCUCGACGACAUUGUACUGAUGGGUCCCGCGGAGGACGUGGCGGCCGAC